UUUAUGAAUAUAGCUUUUACUCAUUUUGCUCACUGGACUGUAAUUUUGCUCUCCAGAGCCACGCCCAUGGAGUCAUCUCUCUCUUCUUCUUCCUCUUCUUCCUCUUCUUCAUAUUAGCCUUUUUCUUCUUCUUUACGUUUUCAUUUCGAGCGAACAGUUUUCCCUUUUCGUUUGCGGCGAAUCCAUGGCCAUUAGGGUAUUGAUUCUGUUCCUUUUCAUGGUGGUCCACGCGCCGCCGUUGCUGUCACGCGCAGACGACUUUCAGGCGGAGAUCGACGCCCUCACGGCCUUCAAGCUCAACCUCCAAGACCCACUUGGCGCUUGCACCAACCGCCGCGUCACCGAGAUCCGUCUCCCUCGUCUCCAACUCUCCGGCAGAAUCUCAGACCGAAUCUCCGGCCUCCGCAUGCUCCGGAAACUCAGCCUCCGCUCCAACUCCUUCAAUGGCACCAUCCCUGCUUCACUCGCUUACUGCACGCGCCUACUCGCCCUUUUCCUCCAGUACAACUCGCUUUCCGGGAAUCUUCCUCCGGGGAUGGGUAACCUCACCGCGCUCGAGGUCUUCAACGUCGCCGGAAACCGCCUCUCCGGCGAGAUCUCCGUCGGCUUGCCCACAAGCCUCAAGUUCCUGGACCUUUCGUCUAACACCUUCUCUGGUCAGAUUCCGAGUGGAAUCGCUAACCUGACUCAGCUUCAGCUCAUCAACCUCUCGUACAAUCAGUUCUCCGGCCAGAUUCCGGCGAGCUUCGGAGAGUUCCAGAGCCUUCAGUACCUCUGGCUCGAUUCCAACCUCUUGCAAGGGACCCUUCCAUCGGCGAUAUCGAACUGUUCCUCCAUUGUUCACUUGAGCGCGUCGGAGAACGCGCUCGGCGGAGUGAUCCCCGCGGCGAUCGGAGCUCUCCCCAACCUCCAGGUCCUAUCUCUCUCCGACAACAAUCUCUCCGGUAGAGUGCCGUUUUCUCUAUUCUGCAACACAUCACUUAAGAUCGUUCAGUUAGGUUCCAAUGCUUUCUCCGACAUCGUCCGGCCGGAGACAUCUGUCUGUCGUACCGAUUUGCAGGUGUUGGAUCUCCGGGAGAAUAGGAUUUCCGGCGGGUUCCCGGGGUGGUUAACGAACAUUCAGUCACUGUCUGAUUUAGAUAUUUCUGGGAACUUGUUCUUGGGUCGGAUUCCUUCUGAGAUUGGGAACUUGACGACGUUACAAGAACUGAAAAUGGCUAAUAAUUCUCUGACAGGUGAGAUUCCUGUCGAGAUCAAGCAAUGUAGCUCUCUGAGCGUGCUCGAUCUGGAAGGAAACAGGCUAACAGGGAAGAUUCCGGAGUUCCUGGGUUACAUGAAAGCGUUAAAGGUUUUGUCUCUCGGCAGAAACAGCUUCUCUGGUUCUGUCCCUUCCUCAAUGGCGAAUCUUCAGCUGUUGAAUGAGCUAAACUUCGGCGAAAACAGCUUAAACGGGAGCUUUCCCAUCGAGCUCACGGUCCUGACCAAUCUGACUGUGUUGGAUCUCAGCCGAAACCGGUUCUCCGGGGAGAUUCCUGUCAGUAUCGGUAACCUGAGCAACAUCAAUGUGUUGAAUCUGAGCGGAAAUGGAUUCACCGGAAACAUUCCGGCAAGUGUAGGGAAUCUGUUUAAGCUGACAGCUCUCGAUUUGAGCAAGCAGAAUCUAUCUGGUGAGAUUCCAUUCGAGCUCUCUGGUUUGCCCAAUUUGCAAGUGAUUGCAUUGCAGGAGAACAGCUUCUCUGGAGAUGUGCCUGAAGGGUUCAGUAGCUUGGUUAGCUUAAGGCUUGUGAACCUUAGCUUGAACUCGUUCUCUGGUUCAAUCCCGAAGACUUUCGGGUUCCUCCGGUCGUUGGUUGCGCUGGCAUUGUCGGACAAUCGCAUCUCCGGUUCCAUUCCCCCAGAAAUCGGGAACUGCUCUGAUCUUGAAGUUCUCGAGUUGAGAUCGAAUGCACUGACAGGUCAUAUUCCACCCGAUCUCUCUCGUCUUUCACGCUUGGAGGUGCUCAAUAUCGGUGGCAACAACCUGUCGGGUGAAAUCCCGGCAGAUAUCUCUGAAUGCUCCUCUCUCAACUCGUUGUUGCUUGACCAUAAUCAUCUGUCUGGAGAUUUACCUGGAUCACUUUCGAGAUUAUUGAACUUGACAAAGCUGGAUCUUGCUGUCAAUGACUUUACCGGGGAGAUUGCGGUUAGCCUCGGGCUUAUUUCCAACAACUUGGCGUACUUCAACGUCUCGGGCAAUCACCUGAACGGGGAGAUUCCAGAUUCAUUAGGUUCAAGGUUCAACAAUCCGACGGCAUUUUCCGGUAACCCUGCAUUAUGUGGGAAGCCACUGGACAUGAAAUGUGAGGGAAGUGUUGCAGAAGAGAGGAGAAGAAGAAAGAGGCUGAUUCUGAUGAUAGUAGUGACCGCCAUUGGAGCUUGCCUCUUAUCGCUCUUCUGCUGUUUCUACAUUUACACGCUCCUAAAAUGGCGGAACAAGCUGCAGCAGAAGGCGGCCGGGGAGAAGAAACGUAGCCCGGCUAGGGCAAGCGCAGGAAGCAGAGUGAGGAGCAGCACCAGCACCGAGAAUGGAGAGCCGAAGCUGGUGAUGUUCAACAACAAGAUCACGCUGGCUGAGACGGUGGAAGCGACUCGUAGGUUCGAUGAAGAGAACGUUCUGAGCCGAACCCGAUAUGGGUUGCUGUUCAAAGCCACUUACAACGAUGGAAUGGUGCUCUCCAUCCGACGUUUACCCGAUUGUUCCCUCGAUGAGAACAUGUUCAGGAAAGAAGCCGAGUUUCUCGGGAGGGUCAAGCAUCGAAACGUCACGGUCCUGAGGGGAUAUUACACAGGUCCACCUGAUCUGAGGCUUCUGGUUUAUGACUACAUGCCCAAUGGAAACUUAGCCACACUGCUUCAGGAAGCGUCUCAUCAAGAUGGUCAUGUCCUGAACUGGCCAAUGCGCCACCUCAUCGCCCUCGGCAUGGCACGAGGGCUUGCAUUCCUCCAUCAAUCCAACAUGGUUCAUGGAGACAUCAAGCCGCAGAACGUACUCUUCGACGCAGAUUUCGAAGCCCAUUUAUCAGAUUUCGGUCUCGACCGUUUCACCGGGCCGACACCGUCGUCAGGGACGGCAUCCAGUUCUGCAACCGUGGGAACACUCGGCUACGUGUCUCCGGAAGCGGCACUGACGGGAGAUGUGACGAAAGAAUCCGACGUGUACAGCUUCGGGAUCGUAUUGCUGGAGAUUCUGACGGGGAAAAGGCCGGUGAUGUUCACGGAACAGGACGAGGAUAUAGUGAAGUGGGUGAAGAGACAGUUGCAGAGAGGGCAGAUCGUGGAGCUGUUGGAGCCGGGAUUGUUGGAACUGGACCCGGAGUCGUCGGAGUGGGAAGAGUUCUUACUGGGGAUCAAAGUAGGGUUACUGUGUACGGCGGCGGAUCCGCUUGAUCGUCCGACAAUGUCGGAUAUUGUCUUCAUGCUCGAAGGCUGUCGUGUGGGCCCCGAUCUCCCUUCCUCCGCCGACCCCACUUCCCUCCCUUCUCCCGCUUGACCCCUUCUUUUUUUUCCGCGAUUUUUUUUUUAAUUUAGAAAAGUGAUUAGCUUAUUUAAUGCUUGUUUGACUGUUGGAAAGUUGGAAAUUUAAAUUAUUGAUUGAAUUGCACCCCUACCAA